UAAGAACGGCAUCGAGGCCGCGCGUUGACAAUUUGACCUUCUCGACUCGCAUCCGUCGCUCAGUUAAUUGCCCUUGUGAACUUUAAUUGAUUGAAGAGAUGUUUCCGUGAACCUCCAAACGGCCUCUGGUCAACCUAGUCGAGGUCGGUCGCUGGUCUCGGAGAGCUCUGAUAUGGAUAACUCACCUGCAGUGCUCAAUGGAGCAGCGGACAACUCGGAACUGCCCAUGGCUCAAGUUAAAAGGAUAAUGCACAGUAGAGGCGUCACGUCAAAUGCGGAAAGCAGCUUUCUGGUCGCCCGUGCUGCGGAGAUGUUCUUGGAUGCGCUUGUGGCGCGCGCCGGCGGCGCCAUGGCAGCGGGGGGCGAGGCGGAGCUCCGAUACGAUCACGUGGCCGACGGCGUCCAGACCUGGGCGCCAGGGAGCCGCCUGCUGUCAGACGCGGUACCGAAGCGCGUGCAUGCCGGGCAGCUGCGACGGGACCCGCGCUUCAACGGCCGCACGCCGUGGGUGCUGCCGCCGCCAGCCGGGCAGCAGCAGCAGCCUCAUCAGGAGCACACGGCGGUGGCGGCGGCGGCACAACGAGGCCCGGCGGCGGCCGCAGCGGUGGCGCAGCCGAUGGGUGUGCCCCAGGGCGUGCCUCUGGGUGUGCCUCAAGCGUCCGCGCCAGGGAUGGCGCAUGCGCACGUGCCGCAUCUGCCCAUACACGCAGCUGCCAUGCAGCAGCAGCAGCAGUCGCACAACCAUGUUGGCCCGGCGCAGGUACCGCAAGCGGUGUUGCCACCGCCGCAGCAGCAUCAGCACCAACACCAACAACAGCAACAGCAGCAGCAACAGCAACAGCAGCAAGCCGCUUUCGCGCAGCACCUGCAGCAACAGAUGCUCAUGCAGCAGCAAGUACUACUGCAGCAGCAGCAGCAGCAGGCGCAGGCACAGCAGCAAGCGCUUGCGCAGCAGCAGGCGCAGCAGCAACAACAACAGCAACAGGAGGCCGCUGCGGCGGCGGCGGCGGCGGCGGCGGUGGCAGCCGCGACGGCGGCGCAGCAGCAGGCUGUGAGCUCUGUAGCGACCGUGUCGCAAGCUGUUGCGGGUAUGGUGCCGGGCGGCGUGCCGGCGCCGCAGGACCCGCACCAGCAACAUCAACAACAAGCCGCAGCCCUGGCCAUGCAGCAUCAGCUUAUGCUACAGCUGCAGCACCAGCAGCAAAUGCAGAUGACGUUGAUGUUUCAACAACAGCUACAGCAGCAGCAGCAACAACAGCAGCAGCAACAGCAGCAUAUGAUGAUGAUAGGGGCAGGUCAGCAUCCCUACUUCCUCGGCGGCGCGGCGGCGGCGGCGGCGAGUGCUGGCGGCGGCUUCGGCGGGGGCUCUGUGAUGGGCAUGCCGGCACAGGGCGGGCAGUGAUGGAUAGCCGGUGCCGCCAGCCGCUGUGGCCCACGAAUUAUGGACGUCGUGCAAAGCAGGUUGUGGCUGUUUAUUCUAUGUUUGGGGCCACUGUGGCCAGCCAGAGGAUUAUCCCGUGUUACGUCUCCGUGAAAAGGCAUGUGUGGUGGGCGUUAAAAUCUAGGCCGUUAAGCCUCGCGGCAUUCCAGCUGCCAGGGUAGCAUUGGGGCUAAUUGGGACUUCGGGGGCGGGGAGAUUGGGCAUUGGAGAGCGGCACGAAUGAGCUUGCAUUGUAGCAUAGUAGACCUGCUAGGCAUCAAGGAAGUAACGAGACGCUCUGGAAAGCACACGCUGUGCCCUACAGCAAAGGUUGGGGGCAGUGGGGCGCAGGGUGCGGUGCUGGCAGCGUAGUCACAGCAAGGUCGGCGACUGGGGUGUGUGGCGGGUACGGAGUCAGUUGCGGCGGCCAACCCCAAUGUGGCAAACCGAUGCACGCUUGGCCACCCACUUUGCGUUGGGCGUUUGGAGUGCCAUUCUGCGCCGCUGCAAAGCUGCUGAACGGAGCAGCCGAGGCCGUGUUGUAUGUUUAGGGAGGGUGGAGCCAUUCGGCAGGCAGGCGAUACGUGGUAGGGACUGCGGUUUUCUCGGCGAAACCUGCCUGAUCUGUGGUGAAUUCUGGCAUCGUGGCAUUCGAGAGGUGUUGUGAGACCCUCUGCUUCGCCCAUGUAAUAUUAGAGCUUGCACGGGCAUAACACAUUAACACCCCCGCGACGGAUCAUGGGCACGCCGGCACAGGCACAGUCCAAGGACAGGCGAGGAGUUGACAAGUGGCUGUGACACGUGUGCAAGGGCGCAUGUCCGGCAACUCGGUACCCCGCCGAUUGACUUUCUGUUUGGUCCCUGGAGCCUGGUGUAGCAGUCAUUGCCGGUAAAAGUCUAACUUGCUCGCUAAGGGACUUCCGUGGGUAGGUAGGAGCCCUGUGGCCUGUGGGAGGUGUACCGCCCACACCUGGAGGCGGACCAAGGCGCGUAGCUGAAGCAGGCUGGAGGGGAUGAGGGGCGGAGGGCACGGGGAGACAGGAGGACCACACACAGGCGUCUUGAGCCGUACCGGAGUGGCGGAGUGGGAAAUGCACGGCUUGCUGCUGAGUGCUGACUAGUGCUGUGCCGGUGCUGGCAUGCUGUGCGCGUAUCCAGUGGGGUAAAUGUCUGCAAUCUGAUUCG